AUGGCCCGCUUACGCCGACCGGAGUCGUUCGAGGCUGUGCGAGCGGAGGGCCUGUUUCGAACCACCACCGUGCCACAGAUCCUGGCAAAGCGCGGGGCCAUCUUCAUCCAAGGUAUACCAGGUUUGCUUGGCUCCGGUGGCUUCCGCCCAGAAAAGAUUCCGACCAAGCAAGAGGUGCUGGAAGCAGGAUCGCGAAUUUUUGCUUCGACUUCCUGUGCUGAGCAUGUAGAUGUGUUCCUAAGCCAUCGCUGGGGCUCCGCACGCUGGGCGAAGUACCUGGCAUUGUGUCUAUACCUAAAUAUGACGGCAGCUGUGGUAUGCUCCGUGACCACUUGGUUGCUGGCUACUGCAGCCUUGAUCUUCUGGGCACAUGGUGCAGGCAACCUUGGAGGGAAUCUCCUGUUGCUGCCCAUCGUAGUUUACCUUCCCGUUGCCGUGUUUCUGCUUGUCUUCUUCUUUGGCCAGGAUGCCGUGCAUCGGUUUCGACCGAUUUCGAUGUGGCUGGACCGGGCAUGCAUUCACCAGACAGAUCACGAGUUCAAGCGGCGUCAGAUCCAGGCACUUCCGGUCUUUGUCGCACGGUCUUCCUCGAUGCUCGUGUUGUGGGACGACGAGUACUUCCAAAGGCUCUGGUGCCAGCUGGAAUUAGCCACCUUUGCAAAGCACGGUGGUGCGCAACAGGUGCAGUUCCUACCGCUGGAGUUAUCACCCUGGCUGCUGUCAGACCUCUUGCUGAACCUCUUGGUCACCACAGGCUUGAACCUUCUUGUCAACCUGGUACCUCAGGAGAUCUUCACCUCCUCAAGGACGUUUUCUGGCAUUCUCCCACGGCGCCUCCUUGAGUCCGCUUUCGGUCCGCUGGUCACCGUGGCAGUCUUCAUCGUGAUCUGCGGCACGCUUUUGGGCAUCGCGGCGGCCAUCCCAUGGACCAUCGCAUGCCGAGCAAAGCUGCGAAGCCACGGGUUGAUGUUGGAGCAGAUGGCUUGCUUCGACUGUCGGGCUGCAGAGUGUGCAGUGGAGUCUGACAGGCUCCUGGUGGAGCAACAGGUCCAGCACUUCUUUAGGUCAAGCGGGUACGGGAAAGAGGUGGUGCCUCAGCUGUCGUCAUCCACGCGAAGUGACGAGUACUCUCAGACGGCGAACCUCUUCGAGGUACGGCCGCGGGGGUCAUUCUCCGAAAGCGAGGGCACUGAGAUGUCAUGGACGAUGCUCGACAGCAUGCCCUAUACCCAGACUGACGAAAGAGCACUGGACGCCUUUAAUGACUAUAUUCGAGGGCCGCUUCGUUCAGCAGUCAUGGAAAGUGUGGGAGACCAGCUACAUGUGCCCUACAGUAUGUGUCUGGUGGCCUCUUUGCCCAUGAUCUUUUACUCCGCGACUGAUAUUCUCCAAUGCGACGCUGAAUGCGUUUCUUACAACGGCUUCAACUCCUUUGAUAACUACCUACUGCCGGGCAUGCUUAGCUGGCUGACGAUAAGUUUGCUGAUCUUGCCCACCUUCUACCCCGUUUUUCUUCGGAUGCUGAAUCGGACCUUCUCCGUGCAAUCAGAGCUGCUGCAGCUCAUGCUAGCGGCGCUCAGCGGCUUCUUGACUUUCGGCUACGGCUACUUCUGCUGCGGAUUAGUGUUCGGACUGGUCGAUGUAAGCUUUCAACAAGGACUAGUUGGUCUGAUGCCCCUCGUUGUCCUUCUCCUGGUCCUCGCACUGCAGUUGCGAUGCCUCUUCGGCACCGAUCGUCACACAGUUGCGGGUCGAAGGCCCGACUUGGAUGGCACUUACCGCGCUUUGCACGCGGCAGACGACUUCAGCAUUUAG